GUUUCGAUUUUGUUGUGGUGUAGGGUGGAUGUGUUAUUCAAAUUAAUAAAUCCCGUACGGUUUAUUACAGAGGACUUAAACUUUGCUUCUAUUAUGUAGAUAUACUUGAUAAAGGCUACUCGUUAGUCCAGUUCACAAAAAAUGUCGACGGUCCUUUUAGCUGUAGUCGCUGUAAUACUAUGCAUUCUCUUCCGAAUUUUGAAUGUGAACAGCCAACCUCAGAAACCAGUGAUUUAUGGAAGAGAUAGAAGCUUUAUUGAGAACAUCUUGUUCAUAACACCAUUCUUAAAUGAACCCUACAUCCCGACACGUCUUUGGGGCUUCAGUGGGCAUGUGCAGACGAUCCUCCAUAGCCUGAUAGGGCGAGUGAGGUGCCCCUGGCCCAUCGGCGGUCGGAUCUCCCUAGUCUUGCCGGAUAAAUCCACCCUCACCUACGACUUGUACGAGUCGGUUGGAGCCGAACAUGAGGAUGACGUCACGGUGGCGAUAUGUCCGGGCAUCGGGAACACGUCGGAGAGCGUGUACAUACGCACCUAUGUGCACUACUCCCAGUGCCACGGAUACCGCUGCGCUGUGCUCAACCACAUAGGCGCCUUGAACAGCGUACCCGUCACUGGCAAUCGAAUUUUCUCGUACGGCCACACUGAUGAUUUCAAUUAUAUGCUCGAGAAUUUGUUGGAGAGGUACCCGAAUACAAAGUUGAUUCUAGUCGGCUUCAGUCUUGGCGGCAAUUUGAUUACGAAAUACCUGGGCGAGGACAGGAAGAGACCCGCGAACAUAAUAGGAGGCAUUUCCAUAUGUCAGGGAUACAAUGCCAUCGAUACCAUGGUAUACUUGCUGCAGUGGCAGAACUUCCGUCGGUUCUACCUUUACAUCAUGACUGAUAACUACAGAAACAUCAUCACGAGACAUAAAAGAAUGCUUCUCUGUCCCGAAAUGAAGAACAGAUUUUCGCUGGACGAAAAUAUGAUAGUGUCCGCCGGUACAUUGCCAGAUUUGGACGAGGCUUAUUCUAGAAAAGUACACGGGUUCGAAUCCGUAGCGGACCUUUAUAAAUGGAGUUCCUGUGCUUUCUACCUCCACAAUAUAAAAACUCCAAUGAUAUUUGUAAAUGCUCGCGAUGACCCCAUUGUACCGGAACCUCUGCUGCCAAUGAUUAGGGAAUUUGUCAGUUCGCACGACAAAGCGAUGUUCCUAGAGCUAGCUCAUGGUGGUCAUUUAGGUUUCUAUGAGGGAGGUCUGGUGUACGCCAACCCUGUGACUUGGCUGGACCGGGCACUCGUCGGGUUGGUCGGCGGAAUGCUCAUGGCGCACAACAAAUGCGCCCCAAAGGACAUGCAGGAUCAAGACAGCUUAACCGAGGAUGAACCGGACCUCAUCAAGUCCUCAACUAUUGUGUACCGAGACCCUCUCGACAAACCCAUACCGGUAUACUCAUCCUCGUCUUCUAGAAUAUAAUCGUAAUAGAUUAGAAUUUUAUACUGACAGCAUAAUACGUUCAUAGCGAACUUUUCUAUGAUAUACAACUAAACUAACAUUAUCAGAUGAAUAGUGAAGUUUAUCAAUUAUUUUGCCAGAGUUGGUGAAAAUUGAUCGGAAUUUGAAUAAUUGUUAAAUAACAAAAAUAUAUUAAUUUAAGUUGGGCCUGAAAAAAUCGCGUGUCUCCUACAAUUGCCUUAUUUACCUACGACGUCGUAAUUCUUACGAGGCAUUUAACUACAUCGCACAUGUACCUCAUUUUCACUUUGUUCUUUUACUGACAUUUAUAAUUUUAUCUAAAGUAUUGUGAUAAUUUAUAGUUUGCUUUUAUUUAUCAUAUUAUGCAUUUAUGCUAAUUAUAUAAAGAAGUGGAUUUACACAUUGACGAAAUGUAAGUAAUUUAUUUUUUGUUAUGUUUGAAGUUUUCAACUUUCACUACUAGAGUGGCUUUGAGCCAAAAAUUAAGGUUGUUGCUUAUUUUAUUUAGUUCCCGUAAUUAUUUUAGAGUACAAAAAGUUGCUUCUAUUCAAACACAAUUAUUUGUGAAUAACUACAGACAGAGUUACAACAUGUGAUAAUAGUAAUGACUUUUUUAAAAGAUGCACAAAUCUUACAUGUGCAUAAAUAAUAGGUGCAUUUGUUCAAAUUGUAGGUAGUAUCAACUAUUUAAUGUUCCUUAAGCUUCUACUAGUGCUUCUGACCAUUUUUGUAAAUGAAUGGUCUAAUGACAGGAGCUUAGGAAAUACAUCAAUAUCAAAAUAUACCUAGAUAGGUUAGGCUUAUAGGCUGGGCCUAAGUCAGCUUACGUGUAUUUAUUGCGUGUGAAAUGCAUUACAAUAGUAAUUUCUGAUAUAAUUUUAAAUGAUUCAAAUUAAAGAAAGUCAAUAAAUCUAUGUAUCGACUAAGGCAUGAAUGACAUUCCAUAUCGGAUUUAGUUUUGUAAUGCGUUUGGCAUGAUAAUGUACCAAAAAGCUACGUUCCAAGCUGAUAUUAUUAUAGCACAGCUUUUAGAUGUUAAAUAAAACAUAUUUGCCUCACGAAGUACGCCGUAAAUUGUUUAUGACGGGUAUAAGAAGACUGCGAACAGUUUGAGACAGUUAGGUAGGUGUUGAAUGCAGUGUCCAAAUAGUAGAGUGCAUCUAGUUUUGAAAUUUUCUUGGUCGCCGAAGUAUUUCAUCAAAAUUGAAUUUAGUUCUUCAGAAAUUACGUCGUUUGUUUUUUGAGAUUUUUACGCAAGAAAAAUGUGUCGUAUUUACGUUAAAAUAAACACGUAGAUUUGGAUGCUCAUUGGCAGAAAAACUGACGAUAAUAAAGCAAAAUACGGUGUAUUAUGAGACAAUACUUGUGAUAUAAGAUGUUAGAUAUAUUCGUCCAUGUGUGUAUUAAGUUACUAUUGGAAUAGAAAUGCUGAAUGCACAAAGCUGUUUUAUCUGCAGCUUGAGAUAGUACUUAAAUGAGUACUUAUUGCGCGUACGUAUCAAACGUUACGGACCAAAUUACGGAUCUCAAGUUCACGUCGGUUAUUUUGUUUGUUAUUUACCCAAAAUCUUUGUAGGGCGUGUAACCUUUCGAGUCUACAGUAAAAGCAUAAGUAGACUUAAGGGGUUGAGCGACUCUACUAAGGUUGGGAGUUGGUAUGUUGCUUGCAAGGGGCCUAAAGAAUCAGUGAGAAAGAGGAAAUGAUGAUUGACUUAUUUUCUCUGCUUUUUGGCGAUACUUUCCAGUGACUUAUGCAAAACUUUGGCAUAGCCAAAAAUACUUUAAUUUUAGAAUAAACCCAAAAGAGAUUAUAAUGGCUAUGAGAAUUGCAGUUAGCUUAGAUACUACUAGUGCCUAUAUAAUUGAUGUUCAUUAAAAAAGUUGCGUAGAUAGUAUAUUCGUUAAUCCACCGGUAGUUGUCCUACCAACCACGAUCUGUUCUGACCACCAAGGGUGUGUUGCUGAACCAGUUCUUCCUUUGCACAAUAGUCGACAGAGUACUCGCCCCAUUGUCUUAAUUUUGGACCGGGUGAGCGCCGUCAGCUCUCCCCAUUUGUCCGGCCAAGUAGUUAAUGCAAUCUGAGGCAAACCUACAAUAAGUCACGUUAAACAAAGUAUUUUUUUUGAGCGAGAAAAUAAUCCUUCGCCAACCGUCGAGUGAUGGUGGGACAAAAUGUUGUAAUUGCCCGUCAUACAGUGAAGAUGCUGAGAGAAGACUGUAAGUCAUGCUAGAGAGAAAAAGGUGAUGUUUUUUUCUCACUCGCUCUCGUGCCUAAUUUACAGUUUAAACUCACUAAAAUAUUUAUGCCUUAGUCUCUUAAUCAUAUUAAUGUAUGUAUGUUUAAAUUAAUUACAUUGUUCUGAUUAUAAAACUUGUCGUUAAUAGGGAGGAAAACCAAUAUAUUAUGUGUAUUGAAACCAAUAAAAACCUCUGGAAUUGUCGUUUUGUACGUGUUUAUAUAAGCGUUAAUUAAAUUAGAUUAUCAUUCCGCUGCAUGCCUGGAUUUAGUUGUCUGCGAGGACCAUUUGUGUUAAGCCCAUCACACACAGUGAGGAUUCUAGAAUAUCUUGUGUUGGAUGGUUGUUGUAGUACUUUAUUCAAAACAAAAUAUUAAUGCAGAUUUGCCGUAUGCAAUGGGUUCCUUUCUUUCUGCUUACUCUGAUAACAUCAUGCUUGACAUCUGGUGGAUAAUUACCAGAAUAAAUGUAACCAUGUAUGUAGAUGUAAUAAUCUAGGUGGUGCUCAUCAAUGUUGUAGUAGUAGCUUUGUGUUCAUUAUAUUAAAACACAAAUUAAAUGUACACUACACGAUUGUAAGUUUUUGGUAUUUUUUUAAAGACGCUUCGUCACUAACGGCCGGAAGGCAUUAAAAGUACAAAAUCUUAUGAGAUGAGACAGGCAAAUAUUAACUUCAUUACUACUUAAAAUUUAGUGUCAUGUAGCUUUUGCCAGUACUAAAUUGAGAUUGUGAAAGCUGAACUAAUAACCAUGAAUGAGCUAUGUGGUAAAUCGCCUAAAGAUGUUGAAUAUUUUAUUUAUGAAUAAAUGUUGAUAUCGAAAUGAAAAA